AACAAUUUAUCACUCCAUUUGUUUAGGCUCUCAAAUUGGUCUCAAUUUAUUACCAAUCGAUUGCAUUCAUUGUUAAAGUAUCACUGUAUACUCAUGGGGGGAAAUGCAGUCGUAAGGAAAACGGAAGCUAGAAUGAUGCAGAGAUACGAAGCAGCGAUGGUUCUUGGGGCCGUUGGAGACGCCUUGGGAUACUUCCACGGCCGUUGGGAAUUUGAACGUUCUGGAAAGAAAAUAAAUGAGGAACUAAAUGCCAUGGGCGGACUUGAAAAGCUGAAAGUAAGUGGGCAAAAAUGGAUUGUAAGCGAUGAUACUGUCAUGCACAUCGCUACCGGAAAAGCUUUAGUUCAACACGGCCUUGGUGGAAACUUUGACGAGUUGUACAAGAAAAUAGCAACACAAUAUAAGGCGUGUAUGAUGGACAUGAAGGAUCGGGCACCUGGACAGACAUGUAUACAAUGGUGCGAAUACAUCGAUCCUAAUAAACCUGAAGGAUGGCGUAUACCGUUUAACCCACGGGGAGGGGGGUGCGGUGCGGCAAUGAGGGCAAUGUGUAUUGGACUGCGGUACCCAAAUCCAGAUGAAAAAGAAGCUUUAAUAAAGGUCAGUAUAGAGGCCGGAAGAAUGACACACCACCAUCCAACGGGUUAUCUUGGAUCGCUUGCCUCCGCAAUGUUCAUGUCGUAUGCAAUUCAGAGAAAACCGGUUCGCGAAUGGGGUGCUGCUUUAAUGAAGGUCGUUGAAAUUGCCCGCGAGUAUAUCAUAAAUGAGGGCGACUACAUAGAUGACAACCUGGAGCAUUGGUUUUACUUCACGUCAAGAUGGAAUGAAUAUUUGCACAUGAGAGCAAUUGCAGAUGAAAAGAGCGAACCUGUAUUUCCUGAAAACUACGAAACCGACGUCACUAAACGAGACCAGUUUUACAGUGAAAUCAGCUAUGGCGGCUGGGGUGGCAGCAGCGGUCAUGAUGCUCCUCUGAUCGCAUAUGACGCAGUUUUAGCCUGUCAUGGAGACUGGACAACACUUUGCGAAUGGGCAAUGUUUCACGGUGGUGAUAGCGACAGCACGGGGAUCAUUGCGGGAUGUUUGUUCGGCGCUUUGUAUGGGUUCGAUGGAGUUCCUGAUGGUAAUCAUAGCGAUGUAGAAAAACGAGCAGAGCUAGUCGAGAUAGGCGUACAGCUCUCCUAUUUGGCAAUUGGAGAAACAUCUGUUUUCAGAUGGAUACACGACAUGUUCUUCCUUCUUCCGUCUAAGCUGUUCAGUUUUCUCAGAUGGAUAUACGACAUUUUCUGCCUUUUUUCGUCUAAGCUGUUGAAUUUAAUCAAGUUUUGCGUCGGAAAAGUUGUUGGUGGCACACGGCUUAUCUUUGGUGGCCUACGGCGUAUCUUUGGUGGCUUGUCUUGAAAUCGAUGAUACUUCAGUGGACGCUUGUAACUUAAUAAGAUAAUAAUGCUGAUCAUAAACGUUGAGCUAAAGAAGGCUACUUGUCCAGAAUGAAAACUAAUGUGUUAAAUCCUUAUUGAGGACAGCAUAGUAAUGUAUAUUUUAUUUUUUGUACAAAAUCUGUAAAUAAAAACGAACAACUGCUUCUUGAUAUUCUAUAUAUAGAUAUUAAUAUUAACGGAAUGUAUUAUAUGUCAUUGUGUAUAUUCAGCCAACUAAAACAUAUCAAUGAAA